UUAGUAUAAAUAGUCCUGCCAUCAGUCAGAGCAAAUCAGUUCUCUCUGAUCACUCAACAAAGCAACAUCACCAUGAAACUCUUCGUUGUCCUUUGCACUCUAUUUGUGUUGAAUGCCUCCGCCUAUGUGGUAAAGAGCCGUGAUGAUCUGCUGCAAUUUCGCAAUGAAUGCGUCUCCGAAUUAGAAAUUCCUGAAAACCUCGUCGAACAAUACAAAAAAUGGCAAUAUCCCAACGAUUCGGUGACCCAGUGUUACUUGAAAUGUGUUUUUGUUAAAUUCGGUUUCUUCGACACUGCCAGUGGUUUCAAUGUUGAAAAUAUUCAUCAACAAUUGGUUGGAUCCCAGGGAGAAGCCAAUCAUGAUGAUGCUGUCCAUGCCACAAUUGAAUCCUGUGUCGAUAACAACGAACAAGGCAGUAAUGCCUGCGAAUGGGCUUACCGUGGUGCCACCUGUUUCAUUAAAAAUAAUUUGCAGUUGGUUCAACGCAGUGUUGCCCCCUCCGCUUAAGAAUAUUUCGUAGGGUAUAUUAAGUUUUCAGAAUUGCAACUCA